AAGUAGUAUUUCUGCUUUUGCCUCGUAACUGCAAUGAAUCAGCCAGAGGCCGCGGUGGAGUCUCUGCCGGACACGACUACACUUGGCACCAAACCGUGACACGUCGACCAUGGUGAACACGAACGCCUCGAUGAACAAUUCUUCCAUGACCUCUUCCAUGGGCGGCGCGAAGCGCAAGCCGGGCGGGGUCAACGGCAGCACCACGGGGGGCAGCGCGCAAUCUUCCGACUUCGCCUGGAAUGAGGAUCGGGUCACCACGUUUGUCCGUAAGGUGCCGAUGUUUCGGGAGCUCGGCGAGGGCGACGUCCGGCAACUGGUGGAUGCCCUGGAGGUCAAGCACUACCCCGCCAAUUCCGUAGUGUUCCGGCAGCACGAGCCGGGCAACGCCAUGUUCAUCGUCCUGGACGGGGAGGCGUUCGUGAAGGUUUCCCUGGGUGCGUUUUUGAAGCAGGGCGACGUCGCGCGGCUCGUCAAGCCCUGCAAGAUCGGCCGGGUGGUGUACCCGCAAGGCACCGAGUGCAUAAUCGACAACUUUGACGCAACGAGAAAGUACACACACUUUUGCACUGAUAUUGAUGGUCCGAAUGAUGAGCUGCUUGAUGUUCUUGCCGACGUAUGAUUAUCGGCGCUGGAGGUGUGGCUCUGCAAAGAAAAAGAAUCGGGUGAUAAGUAGAUCAUACUUUGAGAGACAAUAGAUUGCGUUUUGAAAAAUGAUAAAUUUCUAGCCCGCAAAAAUAUUGCACAGGUUUCCGUUCACGGUGCGGACCACGAACAGUGGAGAGCGCGGGCGAGUGCUUCCGGAGGAGCUCGCGCCGGCGACGCACAGUGUGAAAGCCCAGGACCGGGUGAUUGCAAGCUGCCGGGCAGGCGACUACUUUGGCGAGCAGUCUCUGCUCCAGAACGCGUUCCGCCAGGCGACCGUGGUCGCCGGGCCGCAGGGCAGUUUGACCGUGGCGAGCUUGAGUAAGGAGCGCUUCCUCCACCUGCAACUCAGCAAGAAGAUCCAUUUUCCCAAGCGCAAGGCCGUCCUGGCCGCCCACGCCCGGCUGUCGCAGCAGCCGGAAAUUGUGAAGAAGGCACCAGAAAUAAAGAAUCUCCUGGUGAAGGCGAUGCAGGAGAACCAAAAGCUGCAUGCGUUGGUCCCCCUCACGGAUCAACAGUGCGAGCAACUGGCCAUGCACGCCAAUUUUCGAGACGUGAAGCCCGGGGAAAUCCUCUGUCACGAGGGGGACCCGUUCACCGAGGAUUUUUUCAUUGUGGAAACAGGUAUAAAUGUCUGCUUGGACUUCCGUAGACUUCGUUUCACAGAAACGUAUACAUACUUGCGUGCAGAAUUUUUGUACGAGCGGGUCUGCGUGUGAAAGAAAGACAAAGAACUUCGACAGCACUACAUCUGCAGUGCUUUGGUGACGUCAAAUAAAACCGCCCAGGUAUUGACACGACCAAAAACUGAUACGAGUACAACAACUACCUGAUUUAGGUUUUCUUUGUUUCGCGAAAAAAUAAUUAACCGCUUUGGCUAUGGUUACGACGUGCGUGAGGUUAGCUGUCACAGCUUUGGAACAUUGAGCGAGACGCGAAAGGGGCGCGAGCAAGCGAAACGCGCGAGGCACGCGGCGCGGCAUCUUUUGGCCGGCUGCGCUGUGCCUACGUCGGGAUUGCAUUGCGAACACCAUUUUUUUCACGUAUCGAGGGGCGCGACAGGCCUCACACGCGUUCAUGUAUUUGUUUUAUUUCUUUCUCUUUUUAGCCGGUGCGGAGUGGCUGGGAGAUGCGCCAGCAGCGUCCUUGAGCUGUAUGGACUUCAGCAGACACGGGAGCGGGGUAACUUUCGGAUUAAGAAAGCACUCCGCUUCAUAGUGCAUCACGCUGUGCAUCGUUUUCCAACCACCAAUCUUUUGGACGGUUUCCCGGACCGUUCCGCCGAGUAGGAGUGCCUGAGCGCCACCCUUUCGGAGUCCGUGGAGGCAGAGGAGGUCGCGACUGCGGCCUUCCGCAAUUCGUUGCACCUUCGCCUUCCGGGUGAGGAACUUCCAGGUCGUGCGGUACUGCGCGACCGAUAGCCGCGCGUCGCCGCCGUCCUUGGUGAGUCGUUGCGCGGCCUUGACCGGGCACACGACGGGGUUUGCUGGGUCCGCCACGAGUCGCACGGUUCGCCCGACCCCCUCCGGGUCCGUUUUCGUGCGAUCGACGUCGAAGACAACCUCAUGGCCGCCCUUGGUCUUCUCGACCCCGAUGGUGGCGCGGACGAGUUCCUCGGGCCGCCACACAAGGCGGAACUGGCAGACCGCCAUGUCAACGCAGGCCAGCUCGUCCAAGGUGGUGGCCGCCUUCUGCAUGCUCUGGAGCAUGCUCGCGGCGACCGGCUCGUAGCUCUCCGCCGCGCGGUCCCUCUUGAGGGCGUUGUUGAUCAGCGUCGCGUAGGCCUGCUCCCCGAGGGAGAGCUCGUGAUGCCGCAGCCGGUUCUCGGUGCGGACAUGGGACACGUAUGCCGUCGCCGUGUUUGCGGCCAUUUCCCCGGUGUGGACCUUCACGCCGAGCCUGGCGGCAAAAAGCUCCAGGUUCGUAAUUGAUAGCGGGAAGUCGACGAGGCCGCGAGCUGAGCACAUUUGCUCAUACUCCUGCACCGCGGAUGCCCUUGCGCUCGACGUUGCCUUGGCAUGCAUCUGGCCCCGGAGCAUGUCCAGGGCGGUGCCGUCGUCGAUCGCGUCCGACAUCUUUAUCUCGUUCCGGGCGGGUGGGUGGGGAACGAGAAACCUAAAGGCCCGCACGUCGUUGCCCGGAGCGGUGUCGUCUCCGUUAGCUGGCAGCGCUUAACCUCAUUUUGCUAUUGAUAAAAGGGACGGACGCAAAAUAUCAAUUAACCGCUUUGGCUAUGGUUACGACGUGCGUGAGGUUAGCUGUCACAGCUUUGGAACAUUGAGCGAGACGCGAAAGGGGCGCGAGCAAGCGAAACGCGCGAGGCACGCGGCGCGGCAUCUUUUGGCCGGCUGCGCUGUGCCUACGUCGGGAUUGCAUUGCGAACACCAUUUUUUUCACGUAUCGAGGCCGUGGAGAUCAACUCCCAAAGCCCGCACACCCAAAGCUCCACCGGGCGAGAAAGACAAGACCAGGCCAAUCGAUUGCGUGCCAGGGCUCAGCAGCGCAAGAUUCUGAACAUGGUCACCGGUUGAUUGUUCUGUGUCGGUCUACGAAUGUCUUCAUCAAAUUCCAUCACUGUCACCCCAACAGGAAAGUAAGAACACGGAGAUGGUGGCCACUUGCCACCACCUUCUCCACAAUUUCCCGCACCCCCAGACGUACCGCGGUAAUCACUUCGCCGACUCACGCCGGCCGGUUCGGGUUGGCGGCGUCCGCGGCACCUGUGUGUUGUUAGUUUGGGUUGGAAAUUCCGAAGCGUGUCUGUGGGAAAACUAGGAUGCUACUGCAAAGAGAGCCCGUUCACGCUUCCAAAGGUGCCCGACCGGAACACCUUCGGGCGGCGCCGUGACCCCCGCCAUGUGUCACAAACUUUCCCAAGCAGGUAGUACCUGGAUGGCCUCCGGCAAGAACCGUGGCGCGCAGCCCCGGGAGGGGUCGUCCGCCGGGUUGGCCCCAGAGUCCACCCGCUCUACCCAGAUCAUGCAGCCAAGCUGCGCGGCCAGAAGCCAGGAGCGCUCGACCGAAGCGCGCAGGGCGUCGCUCUUCGCGCUGCCCCGUACGAAAGACCCCUGCGCCACCGUGUUAUCGAUCCAGAGGAAAAGGUCGGCGCCCUGCAGCUGGUCUGCAAAGGAAAGGAGAGCGGCCUCGACCUCUGCUCCUUCCAAGACCGCAAUGUCCUCCUCGGCCUGCGCCCCGAAGUCGAUGCGCGUGUAGGUUGGGCCGCCCGUGGCACACCCUUCCAAAGGCAGCAGAAUUGCCCCGGCCCCACUCAAGCUCGCGUCCGUGUACAUCGCGUACUGCGGGCGCGAUGGUGCCAGCCCGCCAUCAGGAGGGCAGGCGGGCACGACCCGGCUGAAAGCGAGACGGGCGGCGGACCCUUCUACCGCAAAGAGGUCCGCCCACCACUCGAGCGCCCGCCGGAGGUUCUUGUUCAGCCGGGCGUGGGAAGGGAGGUUCUUCGCCGCGGCGCGGCGCUGCAGCGCGUGCAACAUUGCACGCCCUAUGCGGCCAAACAGACAAGUCGUCGACCAACUGAGGCGCCCACCAAGUGUCGCAGCCUCUGCGGUCGUCAUGCUGUUGCGGUCCAGAUGGUCCCGGAUGUAGUGCCGGAUCUUUGUGAUCCGGUGCGGGCUGAGGCUGUACCGAACCCCUUCCGGCUCGACCGCGAUGACGAUGCCGCAGUAGAUGACCUCGGCGCCUUCCUCGGUCUUCGCCUCGUUAAACUUCGUUUUGAGGAUGUCACCGAGGAAGGCCUGCACGUCUGCCGCCGCUGACGCGUCUUCCUCAUCGGCGGGGAAGAUGUAGUCGUCGUAGUAGGCGAACAUCGGGAGCGCGAGCUGGUCCCGCACGACCUGGGUGAGGGCCGCGCUCAGCCCAUUGUAGUGCAGAACCGACGCCGCCUCCCCGAAGAGGAGGCGGUCGGCGACGAAGUACCGCAGCCCCCCGCUAGGGUCUUCGACCAUGAUAACGCGGAGAAACUCCUCGUUGCUCGCACGGAGCUGGCGGUAAGCUUUCUCGUGGUCCUUCUUGCAGCUCUUGCAGCGCCGCCCCGGCCGCAGACCUUGGUAGCGCGCGAGCGCAGCGGCGUACAGGUCGACCGUGGCGAGCUUGAUGGGCGUCCAGAUGAUGUUGGCGCGAUUGAUUUGCGCGGCCUUGCCAUCAUCGACGGGGCGGGGCUUGUACUCCCACCCGGGCUUGUCUGCUUUCAGCUGCCACGCGACGAAGCGGCGGAAAAAGACACAGUCCUCCCCCUGCGCCACGCUGGGGUCGAUCUCGUGCGCGAAACCGUCGCGCGCUUCCUCCUGGAUGCUCUGCCACAGAAACGCCUUGUUUUCCGGGGCGUCCUUGUGGAUGCACCUCGCCGCCUCCUCAUGCACCCCGGCCUGCUCCGCGAGCAGUUCCGGGACAGAGAGCUCGGGCGCGGCGUUUGAAGUCUGCUCAAAGAUGUCCGGAUACGAGUGCGCGCCGGACAUCGGGAACCGCUUGCGGAGGUUCUCGAAGAACGGGGUGACCUCGUCCCUGCCGAUGUGCCCCCCAUCGCGCAGCAUCUCCAGAAGCAGGUCGACGUGGACCCCUUGUCCGUAGGGGUCCGGAACCUCCGCGGCGCGCGCGGCCCACUUCUUGAUCGCUGCCUUGCGGAGCGCUUGGUGCUCCGGCACCGUUAGGCGUGCCGCCCUGUCGACCGCCCUUGCCGCGUCCGGUGGAAGCGGAUUGCGUUGCAGCUCGUUCCAGUCGCGGACGAGCUCCUUGGCAGCUGCAACAUGCUGUGCAGGAGACAAGCCUGGGGGAACUGACGCGAACAGGCCCUUCUGCUUGCCCAAAAGCGUUCCGCCCGCACGCGCGUCCUGGAAGCCGGGCGGCGCCGCCGGCUUCGGCGGUUCCGCAGCAGCGGUUGCCGACUUCGUCCCCGACCGCCCCCCGCCGUGUUUGGCGGCUUUUGCCUCGGGCGCGGCAAAACUGGGGCAUCCGGGAAAUGCCGCGGCGCCGGCUCCUAUCUUUGGCGGCGCGCACUCGGUACCGGUGGUCGCCGGUGCAGUCCCCGUCUUCCCUGUGACAAAUGGCGGUCGUCAUACAAGAAACAGACAUGUCGGGGGGGGGGGGGUCAUGCGUUCAUUGCAUGGGGGGAGAAGGAGAAAGCUACUGGGUAAAUAAGUACCUUCGGCUUUCUUCUUCUUCUUCUUCCUCGCGGCCUCGGCGGACGCGGCCGGGGCCCCGGAGUUCGUCGCAGCAGCGAUGUUCGGCAACGCCGGAGCGCCACCGCCCUUCCCGGUAUUGUGGACCUCGCCGCCGGCGCCCGGAAGGACACCUUUGCCCCCGCGACGCUUCUUCAUCGACUGCAGGCCCCCGCCCGGGGCGGAUGCGUCUCCACCGGCAGCCGCCUCGCUGCGUUUGUUGCUCGCGGCCUUGUGGUCCGCGAGCUUCAUGUCGGUGAGAAGGUCCUCGAAGAUGUCCUUGCUUUUCUCGAGGAAGAACGCCUCCGCCUCCUCGGGUGUCACCAGCCCCGCGCGCUCCGCGCGCCGGCGGUUCUCCAUGUCGUACGAAGCCGCCAGGGUCGGACUGUGCCGGCACGCGAUAGUGCCAAGGACCUCCAUGUACUUCGCGGCAACCAGGAGGGUCCGGCCGGGCUGAAAGGCACCCGCAACGCCCAGGCUGUACAGGUACCGCGUCGCGGCCAGGUGCAGCUGAUGCGUCGGCAAGUACUUCGUCUUCAGCUCCUUGGCCCGCUCCAGCAGGAACGCGGCGCCCCCUUCCUUCUCUUUGAGGUCGCUCACGCCCUCGAUCUCGUCCUUGUAGGUGUGGGUCCACAUGGGGUCACUCCAGGGCGCGACCUUCAUCUCGCAGAGCGGAAGGGUGCAGUUACCCUUUUCCUGCGCCACCAUGACGCAGUAGACCUGUUCCUUCGUCGGGGCCAGCGACUUGUCCAGGCCGGCGGUCUUGGCCCCGGCCACGAGGUCGAUCUUCCGCUUCGGCACCUUGCUGCUGCCGACUCCGGCGCCGCGGAGCUGCGCGAUCUCCGCCAUCGCCCGCUUGACCUUUAGGCAGGUAGCGAUCUCCGCCGGCGGGACACCGCAGGCCCGGAUGUCCUCGGAGCUUUGGAAAAGCUCCACAAACUCCUCGACGUCCUUCACACCAUACUCGACCAAGACCUUGAGCAGGGCCUUGUGCCGCUGGCCGUGAAUGGGAAUCCCGAGCGCCUUCAGCUCGAAGAACAUGCGGAGCUUGGCCGCUAGGCGGACAUCUUCGUCGACCUGCAGGCCCAGGUUGUGCGAGAUGCUCGCAAACUCUUGGUCCAACACCUGCCGGCUGCUGCCGACGAAAUACGUCUCAAACCCGGUCGGGAGCAAAGCGCCGAGAACGCCAGCGGCACACGCCGCGGCCUUCUUUUCAAGCAACGAGGACCCGGGCAUUUUCUUUUGUGAUGUCUUCGCUGGAUCUUGGACCGAAAGAAGGUUUUUACUCUUUAACGAACAAGGAGCCUGCGAGCGCAAGAGAUUUGUUGUUUGUUAAAGAAAAAGAAACCUGGGACCGCGGCGAAAGUCGAAGCCUCGCGAUCUGCCAAGAAGAUUUUUAUUCUUUAACGAACAAGGCGCACGCGAGCGCAAGGAGUUUGUUGUUUGUUAAAGAAAAUAAACUUGGGACCGUGGCGAAGGUCGAAGCCUCACGGACGGCCAACGCGAACACAUGGAGGUCGCGCGCCUCUCAUCGCCUUCUGCUGGCCUUCUCAGCACCUGCCAAGCACGCCGGCAUGUUGCUCGCUCCGGUGCAGGGAGCGGCUGGUGACGCGGCUCCGCGCGAUGCGCGGCGGGCCGAUGUUGGGGCGACGGCCCUGCUAGGUGGUGGUGGCCACCAAACUCGCGGGCGAGCCUGGAAGCAGCUACGGCCUGCAGCUGGUUCGGCUGUUUUCGCACGCUUAAAAGCCAGAAUAAGGCUUUUCGCACCACCAAAAGCCUUAUUCUGGCUUUUAGGGGUGUUUCAAGCGAUCUACUGCGUCCAGCUGCACGCGCGCGCCUGCAGCGCCGCUGCGUGCGUACCCCACGAGGGCUCUACGCAUCGAGCGUCGGCUUCCCACUCGAGGAAGCUGACGCUCUUUUAUGGCGCGCGACGCUCUUUUAUGGCGUAGAGUGCACCUCCGCGUCGUCGCGGCAGCACCUCUACAUGCGAGCGCACGCGCAUUUCAUGGCUGGGGCCUGUGACGUCGCCCUCUUUCGAGAGCGACGACGCAUUUUUGUGGAGGGCGCCACCGCCUAGCGGCAGCACACCUCCACUGCACACUGUGCCUGCGCGCGUUGGUGAAGUGCACCUCCGCGUGAGCGGCAGCACCUUCGCCAAGCGUAGCGCGCGCCUCGUUGGAGUGCACCUCCGCUUUCGCGGCAGCACCUCCUCCGAGCACGACCUGUCCCUCUGAGGAGUGCACCUCCGCGUGAGCGGCAGCACCUCCUCCGAGUGCGACAGUCGUGGCACCGAAGCCAGCGGAGUGCGAUCCGCACCUCUGCAAAGUGCACCUCUGCUUUCGCAGCAGCACCUGAGCAGAGUGCGGCGCUCAUAGCACAUCUGCAAAGUGCGCCUCUGCUUUCGCAGCAGCACCUGAGCAGAGUGCUUUUCUCAUAUCUUUGCGGAGUGCAGUCUGCACAACCGUGGAGUGCACCUCUGCGUUGCAGCAGCACCUCCACGGAGCGCGUCAUGCGCCUCCGCGUGGGCCGGGGCGCCUCGACGCUCCCGUGCCCACGGCUUUCUCUUUUCUUUUGGGGGGAUAUGGAUACCACACGGCGCGCGGGCCGUCUUGCUCUUUGUGUUUAUUCCGACAUUGCCAGACCGUACAACACACGGGCAACGAUCGAACGAGAAACCUAAAGGCCCGCACGUCGUUGCCCGGAGCGGUGUCGUCUCCGUUAGCUGGCAGCGCUUAACCUCAUUUUGCUAUUGAUAAAAGGGACGGACGCAAAAUAUCAAUUAAGUAAAGUGUUGUCUAUAAAACUGUUCAAAAAUCCUGUGUCAGGUCUUUACCACUUCAGCGUGACCCGCGCGAUCAGCAACGAGCGGGACCGGACGAACCAGUUCGAGCUGAUGCAGGACUGCGGGCUAUCCUGAGCAAAAAUGUCCCCACCCCAGAGUUGUCAUGCAGAUUUGCAGCUACAGGAAGAUUUGUAAUGCGCAUUGCCAUGAGAGGCAUUUCCAGUCGCGUUUUGCACUUUGUAAUGCUGUCGACAGGAUGAGUAGAUGGAUUUGUGUUGCGGCUGUACUUGCUAAACUGCAUUACAAUACGGAGACGAGCUUGUCUUGCUUGACCCCCAAAACUUCUCGAUUUGUGUUGCGAGAUCCCCAUCUUGACUCUGGUGCGGGGACGUUUUUACAUAGGAUACGGGCCGGGCGGCAGCUUCGGCGAGGUGACGCUGCUCCACGCCCACCCCUGCCACUGCACGGUGCAGGCGAUGAAGCCGGGGCGCGUGUGGUGCGUGUCGCGGCAGGCGUUCAAGCACGUGCUGCACAGCAGCAACAGCGGCAAACUGGCGGAGUACAUGAAGUGCCUGCACCACAUCCCGGCCUUCGACGCCCUGUACCACAGCGAAAAGGAGCACAUCUGCGAGGCCAUGUACGAGCGGCACUUCCUCCGCGGGGAGCAUUUGUUGACCGCGGGACAAAAAAACGACACGUUCUUCAUCCUGUUGCAGGGCAGCAUCGUGGUGCAGGGCGCGGUGGUGGACCGGCCGGGGACCUACUUCGGGGAACAGAGCCUGCUCGACGCCUCGGUGGUGGACGACACGGUGAGUGCCCACAGUCCGGACGUGCAGGUCGCGUGUUUAACCAAGCACGAUUUCGAGCAGUUGCUCGAGCCGCUGGCCAGCAUCCUGAAGACCGCCAAAGAGAAACCCGACCGAAAGCCCGCGUUCAAAAGCAUCCCGCCGCCGGGCACCAGCGGCAGCAGCAAGUUGCCCGACUGCAAGCGAUCGGACCUGCGGAAACUCGGAUUGCUCGGGUGCGGUGGGUUCGGCGCCGUCACGCUGGAACAGCACAAGACCACCGGGGAGUGCUACGCGUUAAAACAGCUGAGCAAGGGUUACAUCGUGCAGCAGCACAUGGAGAACGCGACUUUGAACGAGAAAAACAUUCUGAUGCUGUGCGACUCGCCCUUCGUGGUGCAGUGCUACGCGACCUUCAACACCGACCAGUCGCUGUGGUUCUUAUUGGAGCCGGCGCUGGGCGGGGAAUUGUACGCCACCUACAGCCGGGAGCAGAUGCACGGGUUUAUCGACGGGGCGAAGUUCUACAGCGCCAGCGUCGUCUAUGCCUUCGAGCACCUGCACGCGAAGUACGUGGUGUACCGGGACCUGAAGCCGGAGAACCUGAUGCUCACCGCGGAGGGAAGGUGUAAACUUACCGACAUGGGCUUAGCGAAACAAACCAAUGUGAAAACUUACACGACGUGCGGCACCCCGGACUACUUCGCGCCGGAGAUCGUGGCCAACCUCGGGCACCACUACGGGGUCGAUUGGUGGACGCUCGGGAUUUUGAUCCACGAACUGCUGUCCGGCCACGCCCCCUUCGAGGACGGGGAUCCGUCGCGGACCUACGCCAAAAUCAACCGGGGCGUGCAGUACGUGAAGUUUCCCUACGCCCAGGAGGACCCGGAGGCGAAGAAUGUGGUCAUGGCGCUGCUGCAGCACAACCCGGUGGACCGACUCCCCAUGUCCUCGGCCGGGGGGGUACAGAACUUGAAAGACCACCCGUGGUACAAGAACUUCGACUGGAAGGCGCACUACAAGGGCUACACCACCGCGCCCUACCACCCCAUCGUGAAAUCCAUGACCGACAUGAGCAACUUCAGAGCGAGGGAGGCCGACUUGCCCCCGCAGAUGCACUACACACCGAACCCGGAGUGGCUGUGGGACAAAGACUUCGCGACGAAUCCCUCAUAGACGUUGUAGGCCGAACAAAUUGAGGACAAAACUGUGAUGUGUAUAAUGUGUACAUUGUCUAUUUUCUGUCUGAAAUUAUGCGGAAUUGUAGAAUUUGAGUUUCAUGUGUCUGGAAGUGAAAACGACAUAUCGCCG